AUGAAUGAGGGCUGGGCCAUUCGAUUUGGAGGCCUGGAUCCUUGUGACCAAGAGCCUGAUCAGGAUGAUCAAGGAUCAUCAUCUUCGACGUCUGACCUUGUGGACGCUUUGCUCCAGGACACUGAGCAAGGGGCUACUUCUUCCAAGCGAAUCAUUAAACUGGCAGCUGUUGCAGCCAAAAGGAUGAAGCGAUUGGGUGUCCAAGAUCAUGAACUCAACCGGUUGGCCCGGUACAGACAGUCGAAGAGUGGGAGGAAAGGUGCAAAUGCUGCUCGGGACUUCCACCGGUAUGUGCACCGGCAUGGCAGGGUUCUGGAUGUUAAGGUUUCAUCCAUUUCAAUCCUACUGCGGCAGAAGGUGACCACAACCUCUGGGAAGCGGCGUGUCAAGGAAAGGCUUGGUGACCAUCCUGUGAUACACCUAUCAAGCUGGUGUCAACAAAUGCUGGAGAAGUACCCAAGAUAUAUACUGGGAGGGUAUUGCCCUGAGAAGGAUGGUCAUCAAUCCUACAUGGACAUGUUUGCUUCGUUCUGGAUCAACUAUUGCAUACUUGACCGGGACCACCCAGUUCGUGAGAAGAGCUUGGAGGAACUACAACACACCAUACCGAUUGCCAUUCAUGGGGAUGAAGGUCGUGGACUUUCCAAAGUGCCAGUAAUGUGCAUAUCCUACCAGUUGCUGAUCCCAUCUUCCGGCCCAGAUAAACUCAAUUGCUCUCAGAACUCUUUCACGACAAGGCUAUUGUAUACCCUGAUGCCUGCCACAUGGUAUGCCCGCAAAGAUGCGAGCAUUCGUGGACUCCUGCAAGCGUUGGCUGCUGAUUUGACUGCGCUGUUUGAGGAGGGACUUACGGUGACAGUUGCUGGCCAACGCAAGCAGUUCUUUGUGGCGUUCCUGGGGUGUAAGGGAGAUUGGCCAUGGCUUAGGAAGGCAUAUAAUUUGGCCAGCGGCUUCACCUCACGGAGGGUCUGCCAUUUAUGCAGUGGAUCAGAAUGGUGGAAUAUGACAUCCUCUUGUGAAGCACGGGAUUGGAGGAAUGCUGAGCCAGCUCCUCACCCUUACAAGGCAGGUACGCCUUCACCACUGAGAUCCAUUCCAGGUGGUGACAGGCCCUCUGCGAUCAAGCCAGACUUAAUGCAUACAUUCAAUAUUGGCAUUGGCGGUGACUUCGCUUUUUCUGCGGUCAUUACUCUUUGUUGUCUGAGUUUCUUUGAUGACUAUGGGUCCACAAUUCAGAAACGUUUGGAUUGCGCAUAUGACCGUUUUGCUCAAUGGUGCUUUGACAACCACAAGAAUGCCCAGAUCAAGUCUUUUGAGCUGAACAAGUUCCAUAUGACUUCGUUGAAGCAGUAUCCUCGAGGUACGGGCCGGGCUCAUGACACGGGGCUUGUUUGUAAGUGGCUGAAUGCAGAACUUCAGGGGAUAGUUCCUGGAGAUUUUGAACACCCAAACAUCAUGGAGAUCCUGCAGUGGACGUUGCAGAACUUCAACAUGUUCUACCACUUAGUUCAUGGCGAAGGGCUCUGGAUGCCAGUCUCAGUGGCGCAAAGGGUUGUGCAACAUGGGUUUGCUGGUGGCGAGGGGUUUGCAGCUUUGGCAUCUUUGGCCAAGCAGCGAGGCUGGCACCUUUACAAGUUACGACCCAAGCUGCAUAUUUGGGUACACAUCUCGACGAUGCUGGAGAAGGAUUGCACUUGGACUUCCAAAGUCCUUAACCCCCUUUGCUGGGGGUGCUGGAGCGAUGAAGAUUAUAUAGGAAAAUGCUGCAGGGUAGCGCGCAGGCUCAAUGCAGGCUCUCUGAUAGUACAUCGUGUGAUGACACGGUGCCUCAUGAAGUACAAAAGGUAUUUCGAGGAGGGAUUCAAACCCUGA